AUGUUCUUAUUGCAGUUUGAAGAUGAUGAAGGAAAGAUGAAGGCUCUUUGUGAUGGACCAAUUUUUUUUGACAAAAGGCCUUUGGCGAUGAAGGAGUGGCAUAGAAGAAUGAGAUUUGAGGUGGAUGAGAUGAUAAAAAUUCCUAUAUGGGUUCAGUUUCAUAAGCUUCCAUGGGAGUUCUGGACUCCAAGUAUGUUGGGGAAAAUGGCGAGCAUGUGUGGGAGGCCUAUGUACACUGACCAAUGUACUAGUGACCUAACCAGACUUUCCUAUGCUAGGGUGCUGGUGGAAAUGGAGAUAUUUGGAGAGUUCCCAGCUGAAAUAAUUCUUGAAGAUGAAAGGGGUGUCCAGUUUAAUCAGAAAGUUGCUUAUGAAUGGAGGCCGCCUGCGUGCUCAAGAUGUAAGGCCAUGGGACACACAAUAUCUGACUGUAAACUUGAGCAGAAGAUAUGGGUUAAGAAGACAAAUGAGAUAGUGAAUAGAGAUGUAAUCCAAGAUCAGGUCAUGAAUAAUAGCCUGGUGGAAAACAAGAGUGGAAAGGAGAAGAGUGCUGAAGUGAUAAAAAGUAUGCAAUCCCCAGAUGAUCAAUUGAUGAAAACUGCUCUGAAAGGUAAAGAAAAAGUACCUAACCAGAGUACUGUUAGUCAUAUUAUUAACAGCAAUAGUAGUAGUCAGGUUAAAGCUCAAACUGGACCUAAGAGUGGAAUUAUUGGAGACAGGAGGCCAAAGAAAGUCAAUGUUCCCCCUGAUAGGGGAAAAUGA